UGUCAUCGCUGUCAUUUGUCUUGACGUGUAAGCGCAUCUGUCUGUGAAAUAAAUUCGCUUGAAAUUCACUGUUUUCCAAUUUAUAAAUGAUGAUAAGGAAAAAAUAAGUGUAAUAAAUCGUUUAUAAAGACGUGUAUAUUGUUAUUAGUAAUUUAGAGGACUUCUUUAACCAGCGAAAUGGUUUUAAUGACGAUGAUCGCCCGAGUUGUGGACGGGCUGCCUCUAGCGGCUACUAUGCAAGAUGAUGAACAGAGUGGUUGCAACGUAUUGGAGUAUCAAAACCAAGCAAAAAUGCUGUUUAGAAAGCUAACCCCCCAGUCGCCAAUACGAUGCUCCAUCGAAACUGGGCCUUUUCUCUUCCACUACUUGAUAGAGAAUGAAAUUUGUUACCUAGUAUUGUGUGAGCGAAACUACAGUAAACGACUUGCAUUCAGUUACUUAGAAGAAAUUGCACAAGAGUUCUACCAUCAAUACGGAAAAAGGGUGAACACAGUCACGAGGCCUUACACGUUCAUAGAGUUUGACACGUGGAUGCAGCGGACACGCAAGCAGUAUGCGGAGGGCGGCGCGCGGGCGCGGAAGGCGGGCGCGACGGCGCAGCUGGGCGGCCAGCUGGGCGACGUGCAGCGCAUCAUGAUGCAGAACAUCGACGACGUGCUGCAGAGGGGCGCCAUACUCUCAGAGCUGGACACAAAAACGCAGAAGCUAUCAAUGAUGUCACAGAAGUACAAGAAAGAUGCAGUAUAUCUCAACACAAAGUCUAUGCUAGUGAAAGUUACUGCUGGGGCAGUCAUAUUGCUUGUAUUCGUUUUGUACUUCUGGAUUCUUUAGAAGGCGACCAACCCACAUGAAUGGACCUUAGAAAUUUUUCCUGUUAUUCUACCAAAUUUGUUAUGGAAUUUUAUUUAUAAAUAUCUCAGAUAUACGAAAAAAGAUAGAUAGAAGAGAUUAAAAAAUAAUCUUUGUGGACACAUCAGUAGGCUUAGUACGAGAUUUCACAUGUUGAAAACAUUGAUAUAUUUCGAGUAUCGAAACAUUAAAACGUCAAAGUAAAAAUAGACGGUAGACCUAAACCUUAUAGAUAAAGCUUAAGUUUGCCCAUACAUCUAAGUGCAAACUUUGCGAAAUAGAAAUUGGUAGUUCUGAAACCAUGAAGACUUACAUCUAGCUUUUUCCUUAUAUCUGGGUAUAAUAAAUACUUUGACUUCUAAUUUACGACAUGUUACCAUGAAUGAUUAUAUUUUUGUUGAAAGCUAGCUGAUGCCCGCGACUUCAUUCGCUUGUAUUUAGAUUUUUGAAGUCCCCCAAAUUUUUUAUUUUAUGGGAUAAAAGGUAGUCUAUAUCACGUCAAAAUCGUGUCGAUCAAUUGCUCCAUUUAAGAAGGAACAAUAAACCAAGGAAAGAUAAACUUACAGACACACUUUCACAUUUAUAAUAUGGGUAGUGAUGAUAUUCAAUUCUGAUUUGCUGAGUGUUUCUUAUUUAUUAUUUAAAAAUAAAAAGAUAAUAUUGAAUUUAAUGGUAACAUAUUAUUAGUGCUUAUUUUGUAAAAACUAAAAUUGUUGGUAUCUAGUAAUUUAUCUUGUAGUUAUAAUCUUACUUCUAGAACUUAGACCCGUUUUUUAUGAUGUCCAUCACAUAUUUGGUACAAUACAAAUCCAGUUAGGUUUAAAGAAUCUUGCUGACUGACUUUCUGUUUCCUUGUAAAAUAAUAUACCCAUAUGCAUUCCAUUGCAAAAUUAAAACACAAACCAUAAUAUGCUGCUUUCAAAUUAUAUAUAAUGUGAAUAUUGGUGUAGAAAUUAUGUUAUUAUUUAGUUUGUGAAAAUCACAUCAUAUAAAAUACCAUCUCAUAUUGCACGAUCCAUUAAAAAUAUGUGUGAAUUCAAAAAACACAUUGUCAUGAUCACAGAACAAAGUCCAUUCAGAUAACUUCUACAUUUGGAUAUGAAAUUAGCAAUCUAACAUAUUCUUAAAACAGACCUUGUAAUGUUUCAUUGCUACAGAUUUUUGAUAUGAAAAAUUUACAAAAAAUCCAUAAUGUUCUCAAGGGAGUGCGAAAUCUUCCAAUCCACACUUGACUAGUCUGGUGGACUUAUUCUGAGAGAUCUGUGAUCAGUAGUGAGCCGGUAACAGGAUGAUGAUAAUUAUGACUUCACAAAAUGCAGAUUCCUAAUUUUUUAUUACCAUGAUGACAUAGUACUAACUUAUCAGCUUAAUAAUAAUUGUUGAAAUAAGAUUUUUAUAUGCAAUAAAAUGCCAAUCAUUUUUUUUAUUAUUAUAAUAUUGAUAGUGAGGUGGUGAGGGAGUGUUGUAAAUGUUAAUGUCUUGUUGAUAAUUGUAUUUAUUUAGGAUGUAAUAAAUAUGUAUUCUUUCCAAAAA